CCUGCAUGUUCAAAGUACAAAGUUUGUGUGGUUCUGGUCAUUAGGAGCCAAAGACGAAGUGGGUGCCAUAAUGGAGCGUCUUUCUACAAUAUUCCGCCAUCUAAAUGCUGCAGACCUCGCUCCAGUGACCAGACAAGUUGCGGCUUUGCCCAGUUAUCAGGACAAGCCAGACGAUGUCGUUGUGGUUUCAGCGCUUCGGACUCCAAUCGCCAGAGCUCGGCGUGGACAGCUCAAGGAUACUUAUGUGGAUGACUUGUUAGCUGUUGUCUUUAAAGGGGUACUACAGGAAACAGGACUUAAUCCUUCAGAGAUCCAGGACGUAUGCGUUGGCAAUGUUGGUUAUGGAUCAAUUAUAAUCUCAGCACGCAUCGCAGAGUUUUUCAGUGGGAUUCCUGAGACUGUUCCAGUGUACACUACCAACAGACAAUGUGCCUCAGGCCUUCAGGCUUUCAUGAAUGUGGCAGGUUCCAUCAAAACAGGCCAGAUUAAACUGGGCAUUGCUGCAGGUGUUGAAUCAAUGUCAAGACACACGGCAGGAAAGGGCUUUGAUUUAAACCCAACGAUUCAGGAUUAUCAGAUGGCCCAAGACAGCCUUCUGCCUAUGGGCAUCACUUCAGAGAAUGUGGCAGAAAGGUUCAACGUGAGCAGGCGUCAACAAGAUGAGUUUGCGCUGCUCUCACAACAAAAGGCUGCCAAAGCUGCAGCAGCAGGGCUGUUUGAUGCUGAGAUAUUACAAGUUACAACAACUGUUCAGGAUCCCAAUGGUCAGCAGACAGUUGUCACGGUGAAUAAAGAUGAAGGGAUUCGACCUACAACACUUGAAGGACUGGCUAAGCUUAAGCCUGCUUUUAAAGAAACGGGAAGUUCAACAGCAGGGAAUUCUAGUCAAGUCAGUGAUGGGGCUGCAGCUGUCAUUGUCACUACUCGACAGGAGGCGGCCCGCAGGGGUUGGCCCAUACUUGGCAUCUUGAGGUCCUAUGCGGUGGAAGGGUGUGCUCCAGACAUCAUGGGUAUUGGACCAGCUGUUGCUAUUCCUGUGGCCCUAAAGAAGGCAGGUUUGACUAUCAACGAUAUAGAAAUCUUUGAGAUCAAUGAGGCAUUUGCCAGUCAAGCUGUCUAUUGUGUUCGUGAGCUUGGAAUCCCUCUUGAGCGAGUGAAUCCGAAGGGAGGAGCCAUUGCCUUGGGACAUCCUUUGGGAUGUACUGGUGUUCGCAUGAUUGCCACUCUUCUUCAUGAACUUAAAAGACGAGGGAAAAGGUCACUGGGUGUGGUUUCAAUGUGCAUGGGCACUGGUAUGGGUGCCGCUGCUGUUUUCGAAUACCCCGGAGUUUAAGAGCUCAGCUUAACAUUCCAUAAAACCAUACAAGCUGUGAAAAAGAAACUAUACAAGUUUUAAAAUUACAACUGAGGAGCAAUUUUAAUUUCAGUGUUUCAAUCAGAUACAAACAGGACAAUUUAUACUUUGUAUUAAUCAGGUAACAGAGAUUAAAUCAAAGGAAUAUCAGUUGCUCUUACAUCAGUUCAACUUUGCAAACUAGAUCCUGUGUUAUGUUCUUUUUGCAGGUAAUUGAGCAUACCUUUAUUAAUCCACCGUAAUUAGUCCAUUCAGAUAUGUCUAUGCAUCCAGAAUCAUGUAGUUUUAAAAUUAGACGGUUAGAUGUUAUCAACUUGUACUUAUUUGGAGAAAAUGGUUUGAUAAAUUUAUCCAGCUGUUUCUUGUGUCCAGUAAACCUGUUUAUGUUAAAAAGACUGAUAUACAGUUUAUGCCUCCAUGAAUUAUGGUUACCCACUUGCAAAACAGAUGCCUGUAAUUUGGAGCGUAUUUUCAGCAGGAGAGUCAGAAUAAAUCUUUUGCAACUUCAUUAAUACUCUUGUCCGUUUCGCAGCAUCUAUUCCCUGCUUUGGAGUACACAAAGUUGAUGCAUUUUGUCAGAAAUCUCUGAAGGGAACAACAUCUUUGUGUUCCAUUACCUGCACUGGCUUGUCUCAACUACAAAGUGUGCACAGUUUCUGUAGAGUUUGCUCCAGGAUACCUGUCCGAGAGAUUGACAUCUCGGUUGCUUGCUGGAGUUACUGUGAUCUGCUCAUGCAGUUCUGUUGGUGCCAGAUAAAUCUGAUCACAGUACCUCCCCACCCACUGUAUCUGAAAUGCAUUUCUUCUAGCACUUUGCACAGUGGCUACCUUCAAAGCCUUCCUCAUUCAGAAAGACCUUCAGAAACCAAUGGCUGCUUCCUUUUCUCAGCCUCAUUUUCUUCAUCACCCCCUCCAUGUUUUGCAUUUGAAAAUUAUUGUUAUUGUCCACUCAUAUACUCAAACUAUUUUUUUUUUAAAGUGCUUUGAGCUCAAUGACAUGAGAAGGAAACUUUGUAAAUGCCCUCUUCAUUUUAUUGAAAUGUAAUCCCGCCAACAGCCUUUUUGCUUUUUUUAACAUAAACAGGUUUAAACAUUUCUAAAUACUUUUUUCCAGUUGAUUUGAAAGUUUCAAGCUUAUCAAGAUAAGCUAAAUCAUCACAUAGUAUAAUGCAUAUUACAGUCUUUGACAAAGCAACAGCAUCAAUGGUGCAUGUAUCAUACAUGUACAGCUUAUGCAUUGACGCUACUUGCUAAAUUACACAUGCCAAACUGCAUAUUUUCUAAACCAAAAUGUUUCAGAUAUAUUGUCCAGAUUUUAUCAAAAUUGACUUUUGGUAAAUAAAGUCUAUAAAUGACAAAAA